UUCUCCCAGAAGUUGAUGAAAUUGAGAAAUGAAAUGAAAGAUCUGAAAUUUCCCAGUGUUCGGACUGUUCUUUGGGAUCGAGCCAGCCAAGGUCCAGCUGUUAAUGUUGAUAUAUCUUCUUUCAGGAAAUUUCAGAUAUGUCUCUCUUCAAAAGCUCUUCAUAUCCUCCAACAACACUGUUCUGGGUUAGUGGAGAGCCAGCUUUUGCUUUUGUCUGGUUAUAUACAUUCAGAUAAUGAUGGCUCGAAGUUUUCAAUCCUCGUGGAUCCACUGGAUGUCUCUAAUCUUACUUCAGAGACGAAUGAGAAAUCUUUACAAAUAUCUGUCCUGGUUUCCAAAUCUAAUAAGUGUAGUUUCAUCCCAGAAGAUUAUAACAGAGCUGUAAAAAAUGUUCUCACUCGGUGUGGAAGUAAAGAUUCAAUAGGUAUUGGAAGCUUCUUCUCUGUCCUCGGAAAGUUUUUUGUCCAAACGGAAAAUGGCAGUUCUGCAUUCUGUGUUGAAUUCGAUGUGCUCACUUCGGCAGCGAAAUUUGAAGCAGUUCCAAUCAACCCUGUUACUAUUAUGACCACGGCCUUAGCGAAAAAUCUUGCUAGUCCUAUGAGUUUAAGUAGACUACAGGGCAAGGCCAAAUCCGGUUAUGUUACCAUGGACCAUACUCGCAAAUUAGUGCUGAUGCUAGAGUCAGACCCGAAAGUUUCCACGCUGCCUCUAAUUGGAAUCUGGGUAAGUGGAGUAGACUGUGUGAAAAACCCGUACGUGUGGGCUUGUUGUUUACGUUACCUUUACAACAAUUCUUUAAAUCAACGAGUAUGCUUGCCUCCACAUCGUUUUAUGCUGUUGCUGUAUUGUCUGCAAGGAAACAAGAUUGAAUUCUAUGAAUGUGGUCUUCUCAACGAGAAAGAAAAAACACAUGAAAUGGAUGCAUUUUGUGGUAGUAAAACUGUGAGACUGGAUUUUGACCAGGAUGGAUUGGAAGUGGAUCUGUCUUUAUUGAAAUAUGGCAUCAAAAAGAAUAGAAUAGACAGUGUAGCUGCCAGAGUGAGUGAUAAAUCAAAAAGCAAGCCCAGUUCUUCAUGUGUGAAUGAUGAAAUGAUUCCAAGAACAAUUCCUACACCUCAUCAAUCAAAGAUACCAGAGGCAAGAUUUUCUGUACCUGAAGUAUCUUUGAUAUUUAAUGAUACGAGUCAAGCUUCACUUCAACGAAAAUGUCAUGAUAACUCUUCUCAUACAGUGCCAAAUAAAAUUCCACCACCAUCACCAUCACCAUCACAUUACAGCUCUCCUGUUUGUACACAAGGCUUACCAUCGUUGCCAAUGAGAAAUUCAUAUCCGAGUUCAAAGGCUGGCAAUGCGAUAUAUUCUGCUUCUUUAGCACCAACGCAAUUCUGCCAGCAACCCAGCAAACCGUUGAUGUACUCAGGAGUCCCCAUUAAUCAAAACAUUACAACAGAUGGUAACAUGUAUACAAAUCACCCUACGCUGCAACCCCUACCCAACAGAAACCCAUUACCAGUUUCUGAAUAUAAUAGAUCUGUCUACCCUUCCCCUAUACCCUUUCCAAACAAAGAGAUUAUGCAGGGAUCGAACUCAGAGCAGCAUCCUCAUUUCCAAUAUUACCCUCAAAAUAAUCUAAUUCCACUUCCAAACUCAUAUACUCAUCAUCCGAAGCCAGUAAUGGACAGCAUGUCCAAUACCUCUCCAUAUGGACCUUUCCCUUCCCAACCAAACUUUAUGAAGCCAUCUCCCUGCUUCACAUCCCCUGUAAUGUGUGAAAGGUACCAUAUGGUCAAUUCUCAUCCCAUGCCACCCCAUUCAUCAAUGUCAACAUAUCCACAGACCGCUAUUGACAAGCUACCUAGUUUGCCCUCAUGCCCUUGUUGUGUUGUUCAGCCAAACCCUUCAUACCAUCACACAAGUACACCGACCAUUCCCCCUCCUCCAAACCAAGCUCCUGUCGUCAAUGUCUGUCAGGGACACGAAAAAAACAUAAACUGUGUUGCUUCUCACAUUCAGUGCCUUGACAAACACGACCAGGAAAUCACUGUUGAAAAACUGCAACAGACUAAACUGAACACAAUUAAUAGUUCCAACAGUUCUUACAGCAAUACUCCACCAAAUAACUCAUGCAACUCUGUAAAAGAGAACCCAGGUGCUAGGCAACAUGAAAACAGUGUAAUAGAGGUAUCGGAAGAUCAGAACUUCAGAGCUAGUAAAGACAGUGGUCUCAGUGAAAGUCCUGACUCUUCGCAGGAAACUGAUCCACAGUUAUCCAAAAUUCAGAGAGACAGUAUUCCUCCAGAAAUAUAUCGGUUACUAAUGCAACAAAGUGCUGAGCUGCAAGAACUUAAAGCUCAAAUUCAGCAGAUGAAAAUUGAUCAAAACUCAGCGAUGGCUUUCAAUCAGUCCCUCAAUCCAUGUUCUUCUUGUUCAUCUGUUGUCUCGGCAAAGAGUGAGUCUUCAGAAUCAAAAGCAUCUUCAGAAAAAAGUGUAGAAAGGUACUCUGUUGGUGUAAACACAUCAUUCCAGACAUCAGCAUCACCAAACAACUUAAUUAAUCUUCAGACAUCUCCAAAAUCUCCGCUGAAGACCAAAGCUGAUAUUUUUCCUCCUGUUUCUGCACCAACUGCUUCAAAAAUGGGACCAUCUUCAUCUGUUUCAAGCCAGACUUGGCCUCCACAUCAUGAAACUGAUGGCUCCUACACUCUGGCCACGACAGAAUUUUCCCAUGGGGAGGAUUUCUCUGCUGUUGCUCAGUGCCUCUCUGUUAACCAGAAGUCUGCAGAGAGCUUCCAUUCUGAUUUAGUUUUGGACCUACCCAGCUAUCAGACAUCCUUAUCCAGAUCUUCAGACCAUCAAGCCAUCGAAGGAGGACAAACUUCUGAGUCUACCAACAGCUUAGUGAGUGCCAGCAUGUGUGCCAAAAGAACUUCGAGUGGAGGAGAUGAAGAUUUUGAAGAAGAUCCUGCAGAAGAGAUACCAGGAACAAUAAAGAAUAAAGAAUAUUAUGAUGGUCUUAUUAAUUAUGUUAAGGAAUUGCUGCAGCAAGAAUCUCCAACAGAAAAUGAAAAACAUGGAAAAAGGCACCGAGAGAAAGAAUCUGGCAGCCCAGGCUCCGUAUUAACUUCAACCAAUCAAGAGAAAGAAAGCUUGAUAUCAAACAAUACAUCUUAUCUUUGUUCUGGCUUCAAUUCAGUUGACUGUACAUUGCUUCCUAAAAUCAAUUAUAUUUCCAUGUUGCUUGAAUCGGACACUGAGACUUCAAUGGAAAUCAACAGCAUGGCACUGAAAUACCUAAAAGACGAGCAACUGACGCAGAUGGCCAAACUACGCAGUCAAAGUACCGCUCCGGCAGCAGCAAAAGCUAACAACAAGAACUUCCUCUGUCAGAUAAUGCGUUAUGGCCUGGACUCGAGCAGUCCAGACAUUAGCAAAUACGGUAUGUCAGUGAAUGACUUGACAUUUGCAACUCGAAAGUAUAUGGAAAAACAUCACUUAAUUGAAGAAUCCGACAGCAAAAACAUGAGUUUCUUACUCAAAGAUGACACAGCUAAUUAUUUGCCCUACUCACAUACUAGAAACACUAAUUCUUCUCAAAUCUCAAAUUCCUCUGAAAAUAUGGCUUUGUUUGAGAGACCAAAAGAAGUGAGGCAAAAUUUGACCCAAACCAAAUUAAAUGUUAGGAAACCUUUUCAAAAUAUCCAGCAAAAGCUUUUACCUAUGUCCGAGUCAACUCCCAUGUUUAAGCCGUACCUGAAAAAACAGUCUCCUGAACAACCACAGAUGUUCUUACAAACACCUCCUCCAGUUCUUGAAGGAGAUCCUGGAAAUUCUGCUAAUGAGAGAAUUCUAGAUAUAGCGAAAUUAAAACAGAUGCCCAAAUUGUUAUAGCACACCUGUUGUGGUGGAUACCUGUUUAUAAUGGUGGUUUGACCUCCAUUUGAUGUAUUCAUAUUGACUAGGUCAAUUAACUGGCAGAAAUGGUAGAGCAUCAGAUUUAAAUACCUUACACUGUAUUUCAUUUUGUUCCCCUACAUUGUGGGUUCAGUUCUCCGUUGAGGCUGAGUUUGCAUUUUAUCCUUUCGGGAUUGAUAAUUGCAAAAAUAAACCCAUGUGCCUAAUCAAAAGAAAUCAUUGUAACAGCAUUGGUUGUUAUAUGGGGAAGGUAGCUGAACUGGUGAACCACACAGUGGAUACCUUACUGCCAGGGUUAAUUUUUUUUUUUUCACCUUUCACUUCCCCAUGGAAGUGAUAAAAUGAAUACCAACAAUAAAAUGAUUCAAUGCAAUUGAUUAUUCAUCCAUCUCUUUUAUACAAAGAAAUGAUUUUGUAGCUGGUUAAUGAAAAAUUAAUUAAUGAAAGUGAACAUAGUUGCAAAUCAAAAAAAAAAAUCAUUUUUUAUAAUGAACUGUAUAAAUGUUUUAUUAAUCUGUAAAGGAAAACAAAUUGUUAUAUAUAUGUACAAAAAACCCCUGUUUUACCUUCUUUUCUCUACUGU